CGAAAAGCACAAGCGAACCUGAUUCUUCUUCUUCCAGAUCAACCAGUCCAAGAAAAAGAGCCCGCCGUGGUUUUCUAGCUAAUAAUUCAACUUUCUAAGCUAGACAUGGAGGCGGUGGAGUCGUCGGCGGUGGUGAGCUGCGAGUGCUGCGGCCUGGGGGAGGAGUGCACCGGCGAGUACAUAGUCCGCGUGAGGGCCUACUUCGGGGGCCGGUGGCUGUGCGGGCUGUGCUCCGAGUCCGUCAAGUACGAGGCCGGCCGCAGCAAGCGCGCGGCGGCGAUGGGCGUGGAGGAGGCCGUGCGGGCGCACAUGGCCUUCUGCCGCAUGCUCAGGCGCGGCGGACCCGCGGAGCGCGUCGCCGAGGGCAUGUGCCAGAUGCUUAGGCGGCGCACCGCGUGCGGGAAGUGCCAGGUGGCCAUGCCAUCGUCCUCGUCGCGGACGACGCCGGCGCCGGUGGCGCCGCUGUCGAUCGGUUUCUGAAUCUCUCAUCGAGCCUUUGUCCAAGAGGACGCACGCACGGGCCGGCGGCGACCGCCCGCCUGCGUUGAUGUCUGGCUCUUUAUUUUCAUAAGUGAAUGCUUCGGCGUACGUCUUCCUCCUCGCCUCAGAGCGCAAGCUAGCUACCUACAUAGUACUCCGGAAACUACGCACAAGUGUUGGAGUUCAUUUCUAUGUGUAAGUUUCGGUCGAUCGAUCCGAUGAAACUUAGGCCGCGUUCGGACUCCCUCCGCUCCGCGGCUCCACGCCGGAGCGGAGUGGCUUGCUAGGUAUAAUACGCAGAGCUGCUAAAAGGGCGCUCCGCCGGCUCCGCUCCGCGGAGAGCAGCCGAACAGGCCCUUAAUUACCGUACGAGGUUUAAUUUGUGUAUAUACGAAGUUAAAUCAAGUUCGAUUAAUCAUCUCCCGAGGAUCUUGAUGAAGAAACCUAUCGGCCGGCUUCUGCCGAGCUAUUCUUGGCAGUCAAUUAUAUAUUAAUCCAUCGGUGCGAUCGAUCUGCUUCCAAAUUC